AUUUCGUAUUAAAGGCUGUAUUUUGACCGUUGUUGAGAGAUUACACGAGGAAAUUGUGAAGAUGUUACAGGCCUGUGAUGUUCAUAGUACUGAAUAUGUUGAAAGAUUACGAGAUGAUGGGAAGGUGUGUGGUAUUAUAGAUGAUUUAUUGGCGUACCUAGAGGGAAGAGCUACGUCAGAAGAGAUUUGCCGGGUCUACCUGAGGAAGGUAGAAAGUACAUAUUACAAGAUGGGAGAUUGCUCUGAAGCAGAUAUGGAAAAGUGGUGUAAGUACAUCUAUACCAAGGACAGCACAGAUAGAUUGCGAACACGUGCCAUACUGUGUCACAUCUACCAUCACGCCCUGCAUGAUCGCUGGUUCCAGGCACGUGAUCUCAUGCUCAUGUCACAUCUCCAGGAUACCAUUCAACAUUCAGAUGUUCCUACACAGAUCCUAUAUAAUCGUACAAUGGUACAGUUAGGUCUAUGUUCAUUCAGACAAGGGAUGACCAAGGAUGCUCAUAAUGCACUGGUAGAUAUCCAAAGUGGAGGUCGAGCUAAGGAACUACUCGCACAGGGUCUGCUACUACAGCGCCAGCACGAGCGUACCCCCGAACAGGAAAAGAUAGAGAAAAGACGUUUACUACCAUACCAUAUGCACAUUAAUCUAGAGCUGCUAGAGUGUGUGUAUCUUGUAUCUGCCAUGUUGAUGGAAAUACCUUAUAUGGCAGCCCACGAGAUGGAUGCUAGACGUAGAAUGAUAAGUAAGAAUUUCCAUCACGUGUUACGUAUGAGCGAGCGUCAGACACUGACCGGUCCACCAGAGAGCAUGAGAGAGCAUAUUGUAGCCGCGUCUAAAGCCAUGAAGACUGGUGACUGGAAAGCUUGUAAAAACUUUAUCAUCAAUGAUAAAAUGAAUUCCAAGGUGUGGGAUUUGUUCCAAAACAAGGAUGAAGUACGGGACAUGAUUGUAUGUAAGAUACAGGAGGAGAGUUUAAGGACGUAUUUGUUCACGUACAGCAGUGUAUACGAUACCCUCAGUCUGGUCACCCUCGCUGAAAUGUUUGAACUAGACGUUUAUAAAGUGCACUCCAUCAUUAGUAAAAUGAUCAUCAAUGAAGAAUUAAUGGCAUCUCUGGACGAGCCGACCCAAACGGUGAUCAUGCACCGGACUGAACCAACACGUCUACAAGCACUUGCUCUGCAACUGUCAGAGAAGGUCGGAACACUCGUGGAAAACAAUGAAAGAAUACUGGAAAUAAAACAAGGGAACUUUUUCUUUAAUAAAAAUCCUAAUCAACAGAACCGAGAGCAAUCUGGUGGCGGCUAUCAACAGAACCAACAAAAUUGGAAUAAAUAUAAGAAUCAAAACCAGACUGGCAAAAAUCGAGAUUACAAUCAUCAGCAACAAGGAUGGAAUAGAAGACCCCAAAGAAAUCAACAACAACAAAGAGCAUACUAAACUACAACUAAGAUACAUUGUUACCCCUAUAGUACUACUGCGAGUUGUUGACAGUAUUACUGUUUACAGUUUGUGACAUCACAUCCGAGCUACAGUGCUUCAUUGGGAAUAUCAAAUAAUAAAGUCCUGUAUACAUAGUGAAAUAUAUAACAAAAUAUUGGCCUUUUGUUGGAUUUUGAAAUAGUCCAAUAUUUGAUUUGAUUAACAUUUGUCCGACGUUUUUUGCUUUUUGUGCGCUUAUUUUGAAAACUGAUAUUUAUAGCAGAUGAAAUGUUUUUUGAGAUAACUAGAUGUACGUGUUUAAAAGUGAAUGAAUUUGAGUUUUGGAGUAUUUAUUUAGUACCAAGCCAAAUAAGUUAUGAUAAUGUAUUGAUAAAUGGAUGCAGUUUACUGACGAAAAUUGCCAGAUUGAGCCAGUCUUGUAGUUUUUGUUUAAAAUUGUUGUUUCAGUGUUCAUGUUUUUUCUCGUGUAUAAUAAAUAUCAUCAUGACUAAUCUUGUAACUGAGAGUUUAUAUAAAUUUUCAUCCAAUAUUUUAGAUUGUUUCCAAUGGGAAUUUCUGUUAUACUCUUGACAUUAGGGGCAGACUGAUUUCCUUUCUUACAUACUGAGAUUUUAUAUAGAUUUAGGUAUAUUGAAAUACUUCUUAAAGCAUUUAGCCUUGAUUUAGGUAUGUUAAAAUACUUCUUUAAGUAGCUAGUCUGGAGUAAGGUAUAUUACUAUACUUCUUAAAGCAGCUAGCCUUGAUUUAGGUGUAUUGAAAUACUUCUUGAAGCAGCUAGCUAGCUUUAAUUUAGGUGUAUUGAAAUACUGCAGCUAGGCUUUAGAUAUGUGGUUUAAUAUUUAAUGAAACUUGUAAAAAAUGUAAACUGUACAAAUAAAGAAAUUUAAGCAUUGCUGUAGGCACUUACUAUUCACAAAAAAUCUUGUUACUUCUCAAAACAUACAGAAAUAAGUUUACCCUUUUUAGUAAGAGGUAAGGAAAAAAACAAAUAAUAUGCAUGAACCAUUAAAAAUGUCAUUUAUAAUGUGAAUAUUUAUGUUUUCUAAAUAUAGAACUAUAAAUUAAUGAUUAAAAUAUAUUUUCUUCAAGUUUGAUGUAAACUUUAAAGUUUUUGCCCAUCUGAAGAUGUGUCCCUUUAAAGCUUCUGCCUAGAUAAAAUCCAUGUUAAGUUUAUUUCAAGGUGAAAUUUUGGGUUAUCUAAGAAGGAAACAGUCUGCCCUGGUCUCUUUUCGUUUAGUGCUAUUUGAAAUUCAUGGUAUUUAUGAUCAUUUGUUUGGGUAUUUAAAUUUGGAAUUUAAUGAAAGUAAUAAAUAAAUAACAUCAACACCAA